AAAAGAUAUUCUUUUUCAUAUGUUUGUGGAGGAGUUAUUUUUUAAUUUUUUUUUUCGCGCCUUUAUUUCAAAAUACGUUUUUUACGGUGAUUUUUCUUAAAAUUCCAAUUUUAAUUAUAACUUGUUAUAUAUAUGGAUGAUUAUCUGGACAUUCCAUCUGAAGGUUCUUCGUUAGACAACUCAUCCACUGAUUCCGAAGAUGAUUAUGAAUCGGAUACACGUUACCAAAUUGAUAGUGAUGAUUAUGAAUCGGAUACACCUUAUCAAAUUGAAAUUGAUGACAAUUCUGAACAAGAUGCGUAUGAUCAAUCUGCUACAAACCAUAAUAAUCCUAUCUGGUCCAAGAAAUAUUCUUCACAACCAGCAUUAGAAUUUGAUAAAAUAUCAGGUCCAAUAUCAUCUUUAAAAACGGACCCAUUGUAUCCAUCAGAUAUAUAUAAGAAAUUUAUUAAUGAUUCUCUAAUAAAUACAAUUACAUUCAAUACCAAUUUAUAUGCCCAACAAAAAAAUAUUAAAUAUCAACCAACUAAUCCUACAGAAAUAAGAAAAUUUUUAUGUCUUCAUAUACUCUUUGGAAUUAAAACUAUGGCAAAUUACAAAGAUUAUUGGAGUUCUAAACCAGAAUUCCAUGACAAUUUUGUUUCAUCCAUAAUGAAAGUAAAACGUUUUAUUUGGCUUAUGGCCCACAUCCAUAUAAAUGACAAUAUCUUAGAACCAUCGAGAAAUGAUGAAAAUUAUGAUAAAUUAUACAAAAUAAGACCAUUCAUUGAUAAUAUCCGUUCCUCUUGCUUGAAAUAUUUUCUUCCCUCGAAAUAUCAAGCAAUUGACGAAGGAAUGAUUAGGUUCAAAGGCCGUAUAGGAUUUAGGCAAUACAUGCCUAAGAAACCCACGAAACGCGGUUUCAAGGUUUGGAUGAGAUGCGAUAAUUCAGGAUAUAUGAAUGAUUUUAAUAUCUAUGUUGGGAAAAAUAAAGAGGUUGAAAGUAAUCUUGGUUAUAAUGUUGUAACAAAGUUUUGUGAAGGACUUCAAAAUCAUAAAAUAUUUUUCGAUAAUUAUUUUACGAGUUAUACUCUAAUGGCCGAUUUAAAAAAGAAAGGUAUAUAUGCUAGCGGAACACUAAACAAAAAUAGGAGAUACUUGCCCAUAAAGAAUAUGGAAACAAAAUUAAAAAGAGAUAAUAAACUCUCAUCGAAAGAAUUCCGAAGACAAAUAAUUGCUAGCGAAUUGGCAUACUGGAAAAAUGUUAAUAGGGAUGAUAAUAUUCAUAAUGAUAAUAAUUAUAUAUCAAUGCAAAGAAAAAAUAAUAAACCUUAUAUCCUUCCAGAAAUUAGACUAAAAAAUUCAGCUCAUCAACCUCAGGCAGGAACCUCACGAAGGUGUACCUUCUGUAGUACAAAGUGUUUGACGUAUUUCACAUGUUUGACUAAAGCGCAAAUGCCAAGGUAA